AUCAAAAGAUACUUCUUUACUCUUUCAUUUAACGCCUAAUACAUCGCUACGCCUAAUUCGAGAAAGCUCUUCCACAACUGCGUCAUAGUGGAUCGACGACUUGCUGCUUGACUGCGCCAUAGUUUCGGCCUUCCAGAUCAACGAAUUCUUACUUGGAUUCUCCAUAUUCAUCUAAAGGCAGCCGCCAGCCCAAGUCCAAAGAAAUAGAGAGAGAAAGAUUGAACGGACGACCGAGCCGACGACGCCUCUUUUGCACCGCGCCCCGCCUCCACGACUGAAGUGCCUGACGCAGACUACGCAGUCACGCGGCUCACCGCCUGUCCACCUCAGUGCCUCACCGAGUCACCGCCCACCUUUCACGGACUCACGGUCCCCUGCCCCUCACUGCCUCGGACCUCGGUACUAGAUGGAGGCUUUGGGCAGAUGAUAGCAAAAUAAGGCCUCUUGUUUAAUUCUGAAUAGGACCUCUAAUUUGCCAGGGCCGGCCCUGUUCCUCCCACUCCGGUCCAUCAGCUGUCCUGACGCCAGAUCGACGAAGUGGAUAAACUGUGAGGAGGGCAGACAGUCCAUUGCACAAUACGGGUCAAACACAGUGAACGGCAACGCUCGAGUUCAUGCUCUGUGGAUUGGGAGAAUACUAUAAAUGCUGAAAAAGAAUCUGAGCUUGCAUUGCGCUGAAGAACCCAUCCAAAGAGCAAAGAUUGUGCCAGACAUUACCCAAUCUACACUCUGUUUGAGCUGGAAAUACAUUUUGAGAGACCUAGGAUUUGUAUGUGGAUCAUAUUAACAUUUUGAAGACCUGUGCUAGUGAUUAACAAGUUGGGGGCAAACUAGACCGAAAGUGAAUAAUGGUGGUCGCUUCUGGAGGCAAUCCAUUUGCCAAAGAAAUGUCCAUACGUAAACGCAUUGGCAAUAUAUAUAAUAAAAGAGAAGAGGAUUUUCCUUCAUUACGGGAUUACAAUGAUUAUUUGGAAGAAGUAGAGAAUAUGGUAUGUGAUUUGAUUGAAGGAAUAGAUGUUCCUGCUAUUGAGGCAAAGAUUUCUCAAUACCAAAAAGAAAAUGCUGAACAAAUCAUGAUUUCUCAAGCUCGCAAGGCUGAGGAGUUGGCAGCAGCCUUAAGUAAGGGACCUUCCCGACAUGAUGGUGAUACAGCAGCAACCCAAAGUUCUCAAGCUGGGCCUAGUACUGUGCCACAUGGACAAUAUGCACCGGCAAUUGCUAUUGGCCAGCCACGCCCAACACAGCCUGUCCCAAUUGCGGCUG